CAGUCGAAGCCAAAGUAGUUGUUCUAUUUGUGAUCUCAAAACUCGAACUUUGCGUUGGUUACGUACUCCAACAAGUGUGUUUAAGCUUCUGGGGUUCUUGGGCCGAAGGGGAACUAGCAGAUCUCAGUCACAUGAAGGGUUCUUUUACUCUGGUGGAUGUGCUUCUGGUACUCGCCUUGUUGAAUGAAGCUACAUUGACUGUCAAGGGCAGGCCACAUUGCAAACAGACAAAUUCAGGAGUUUUUCGACCUCACAGUGUCUCAAUCAGCGAGUUUGGUGCAGUAGGUGAUGGGCAAACCCUCAACACCAAAGCAUUUCAGAAUGCCAUCUUCUAUCUCAAUUCCUUUGCCGACAAAGGGGGGGCCCAGCUUUUUGUCCCAGCUGGCCGGUGGUUAACAGGAAGCUUCGUUCUCAUCAGUCAUCUAACUUUGCGCUUAGAUAAGGAUGCUACAAUUCUUGGAUCCACGAACUCUGAUGAUUGGCCACUUACUGAUCCCCUACCGUCAUAUGGCCGAGGUAGGGAGUUACCUGGUGGAAGGCAUCGAAGCCUCCUUUAUGGAAACAAUUUGACUGAUGUUGUUAUAACAGGUGAUAAUGGAACUAUUGAUGGUCAGGGCACAGUCUGGUGGAAUUGGUUCCGAAAUGAGACCUUGGAUUAUACCAGGCCUCAUUUGGUUGAGUUGAUGAACUCAAAUGGUGUCUUCAUCUCAAACCUGACCUUCCUUAAUUCACCUUUCUGGAAUAUCCACCCAGUGUACUGCAGCCAAGUUAGAGUCCAAAAUGUAACAAUCAUUGCUCCUCUUGAUUCACCAAACACAGACGGGAUUGAUCCAGACUCUUCCAAUGACGUUUGCAUUGAAGACUGUUACAUAAGCACUGGCGAUGAUCUGAUUGCCAUCAAAAGUGGGUGGGAUGAAUAUGGUAUUUCCUUUGCUCGUCCCAGUACUAAUAUUAUUAUUCACCGGCUUGUUGGAGAGACUCGGUCAAGCUCAGGCAUUGCAAUUGGAAGUGAGAUGUCUGGAGGUGUAUCGGAAGUUCAUGCUGAAGACCUCCAAUUCUUCAAUUCAAAUGCAGGGUUAUUGGCCAGUAUGGAGAGCAUCCGGAUGAGUUUUAUGACCCUAAUGCUCUUCCCCUAAUAGAGAUGAUUACCAUUCAAGAUGUUACAGGAGAGAAUGUUAAAGUUGCAGGCCUCAUGGAGGGUAUAAAAGAGGAUGAUUUCCAUAACAUUUGCCUAUUUAAUCUCUCUCUCAGUGUAAGUUCAGGUUCCCCAUGGAACUGUUCUUAUAUCCAAGGAUAUUCAGACUUGGUUUCCCCAGAGACUUGUCAGCCUCUCAAAGAGAGAAUCUUUCCUGAGCAUUCCUCGGAUUGUUACCAUUUGUCAGACCACCUGCGGAGGAUGAGUAGUCGAAAUGGAGGUGAUCAGUUUCUCUCAUGGUAAAUAUAACGAUGUAUUAUAACACAUUGCUAAUGGUGACACACAUUCUUUUGAAAUUGUUUCGUCUUUAAUUUGAUUCUUUCCAUUUCUCUGCACAACUGCCUAAUUCAUUGUGGGCAGUGAUCUCCUGAAGCAAUGUUUUUGAGUGUAGCUGCUAAUGAUAUGUGGACUUGUUGACCUGUGAGAUUAUAUUGAGAUAUGAUUUGAUUGUUGUAAUUUUUGUGCAGCGACAAAUAAUCCAGUGAUUUAGCAG